CAGGGAUGGCGGUGUAAAUAUUCAAUAACAUCCAUGUGGGGUAUCGCGUUUUUGUAAGGUAGCUAGCAAAAUGAAAAGUUAAUUGAUAUUUACUUCUUAAACAUCGCGUAUCAGACCUGUCUUCAACAUGCCAUGUUACGAACUAACUCUGAUCAUGAGGACAAUGGCCAAGCCUGACUUGAUCUCAGCUCUCAAGAGAACGGGGGAAUUUAUUCUGAAAAAUGGAGCAGUACUUCGGAAAAUAGAAAAUCUUGGGACGAAAGAUCUGCCGAUGAAGAUGUACCGGCAUGGAAAUACGUAUACCUCUGGAAGUUACUACCUGUUCACCUUUGAUGCAUCGCUGGACAUGAGACGCAAUCUAGUAGAUGAACUGAGGAGGGACGUAGACAUCAUUCGCAAUGCCAUAGUCUCUCAGUCCCCUGGCAAGCCCUUCGAGUGCACGCUGGACGACGAGCUCUUGCCUCCCGCGUAUCGGCCCAGCGUGAAGAAGCUCAUGGAAGAAGCCAAAGACGACAAGAGGAAGAAAAAGAAGCCGACUGUAUGGAACCUUCCUGAUGCUCCACUUUGAUCGCGUCGGUAAAGUUUAUAGAGAGGCGGUGCAGUCGUAAAUAGGAGUUGAGAUGUUGGGAAGAUAUUCUCAGUUCUGUACAUACAGUCGAGUGUGUAGUAUAAAUGGUCCGAUUAGAACUUUCA